AAGCAUAUCCUUAUUCAGGGAGUGGGAACAAUCUUCGACGAUUUCAAUAUUCUUGGUUUUCUCAAUUUCCUUCUUGAUGCAUAUACUGUGAAGGGAUUUAGAGGUUGGAAGAAGAUAAAUGAUGGACUAAACUGUGCUUUUUUAUGUCAUAUGGGAGAUCAUACUUCCCCACAUUCUCUCUUUGUGGAAUCAUGCCAGGAUUUAAUGAAUCACUCGAGGCAUAUUGAUAAGGUUAUGCAAAGACAAUCGACGGAGCAAAUAUUGAAUAAUCGAUUGAGGCUUAAAACCUCAAUCGAUUGUGUUCGGUGGCUUGCAUAUCAAUCAUGUCCUUUUCGAGGUCACGACGAAGGACCAACAUCAAAGAAUCCAGGUAAUUUUCGUGAGAUGGUGAAACUUUUGGCUAGUUAUAAUGAUAAAGUAGCAUCAACGGUUCUAGAAAAAGCUCCUCCUAAGGCCAAAUACAUAUCUCCAAAAAUUCAAAAGGAGAUAUUGCAUAUUAUUGCUUCUAAAGUAAGGAAAAAAAUUCGAGAAGAUAUUGGUGAUUCUAAAUUUUGUAUUCUUGUUGAUGAAGCACGAGAUGAAUCCAAAAAAGAACAAAUGACUCUUGUUUUGAGAUUUGUUGACAAGAUGUGUAUUCUCCAAGAGCGCUUCUUUGAUGUCGUAAGCGUUAAGAAUACGACUUCAUUGACCCUUAAACAUGAGCUUUUAGCUAUAUUUUCAUUCCAUACUUUAAAUGUUGAGAACCUUAGACGGCAAGGUUAUGACGGCGCAAGCAAUAUGCGGGGUGAAUGGAAUGGAUUACAAGCAUUAUUUUUACAAGAUUGUCCAUAUGCUUAUUACGUGCAUUGUUUUGCGCAUCGACUUCAAUUGGCAUUAGUUACAGCAUCGAGAGAAGUGAUUCUUGUUCAUCAAUUUUUCUCAAAGUUGGACUUCGUUGUUAAUAUUGUGGGUGCUUCUUGUAAGCGAAAUGGCGAGUUACUUACUGCCCAACAAGCUGAAAUUUCUCGUUUGAUAUCUAUUAAUGAACUUGAGACAGGUCGUGGAGCCAAAAUUAAGACGGGAAAAGCGAAAAUAUAUUACCUGGUUGAUAGGUUGAUUCGUCUGAUUUUACUUCUUCCAGUUUCUACUGCUACUACAGAGCGAGCUUUUUUUGUUAUGAAGCUUACUAAAACUAGACUUCGGAACAAAAUGGAGGAUGGAUUUCUUGGAGAUUGCAUGCUUCUACACAUUGAGAAGGAAAUUGCCGAAUCUUUUAGUACAGACUCUAUAAUAGAUGAUUUUUGCUCAUUGAAGGAUCGUAAAGCACAAUUUUAA